AGCAUCAGGCAUAUAAAGUAGCGAGGCCUCUCGACAAAGACCGUGAAUCUGGAAGUGAACAGGGAACUGUGGCUCCUUGCAAAUAUAAGGAAACAGAAGAGAGCACCUGCGUCUGAUUUCCUGGCGCUGCAGUUAAAGAGGAGAACUUGCAGGAAAGCAGAACCCAGCAGGACUCGGGCAUCAUGGAGAGUCCCAAGCCUUCUGGUGCCUUUGGGAGCGGAGAACGUCGCCAGAGAAGUGCCUGGCGUCACCUGCUGCUGCUUCUGUGGAAGAGCUUGUUGUUGAGGCGGAGGCACUGGCUCCUCACGCUCCUCGAGGUCAUCCUGCCCGUCGGUCUCUUCUCGGUCAUGCUCUUCAUCAGGCUCAUCCCGGGAUCCACCUUCUCCACGUACCAUUUUAACCAGACCAUCGAGAGCCCAGCCGAAGAACUCAGUCUGCGGCAACGCUUGUGCUGGAACUACGGGAUUUGGUCUGGGAGCAAGUGCCAUGUCGAUUCCACCAGAGCCCCCACAAUAUACUACGGUCCUGAUACCCCUUUUACACAGGAUAUGGCUAAAUACAUCGCUCAGGAGCUUGGCAUCCUUGAACAAAACAUACGAGCAACCGCCUCCAACGACGAGAUAGACAAGCUGGUGGUGAUGUCCUACUAUGCGAGAAACGUCUCUUACUCCCCCAGCCCCUACAAUGUGGGACUCUUCUUCUUCAAUCUGGAAGAUCUGGAGAGUUCCGAUCCUCCUCAGAAUUUGGACUAUGACCUCCGCCUUCCCGGCUGGUGGAGCACAAUGUGGAUUUACGACUUCUUGCAGCUGCCCGGACCUGGCAUUUCCAACGAAGUUUACUUAAGCGAAGGCUUCACGUUGAUCCAGUCUCUGGUGGACCGCAGAUACAUAUCCUUAAUCAGCAAUGACAGCUCGUAUAUUGAUAAUUACAAGAUCGAAACCCAGGAAUAUCCGUAUCCGGCCUACGAAUCUGACUUCGGCCUCAGUUUCCUCUACUCGACUGUUGUCCCGUCCUUCUUGGUCACGGCGUUAGUCCUGCUCUCUCCCUCGCUCAUCAAAAGCGUCGUUCAUGAAAAGGAGACAGGUGUCAGGGAGCUGGUCUGCCUCAUGGGGAUUAACCGCUGGCUAGUGUGGCUGGGAUGGUUCCUCCACUCCGCACUUUUAAACGUGGUUGUAAUAAGCGUACUAACCGUAAUGUUGUCGGUAAGCAUGUACAACGGCAACCUAUAUGUACCCCCGAUUCUCGCCCAUACCGACACUGGUUAUGUGUGGCUGCUGCUCUUCCUCUACAGCCUCUCCUCCAUUGCCUUCUGUCUGGCGAUCUCGACUUUCUUCAACAGACCCACACUUGCUAUGACUGUCGGGAUCUUGGUAUGGCUGCUCUCCUACAGUAUCCCCAAUAACCUUAUGUAUUACAAGUAUGACACUCUCGGCCAGGCUCCGAAGGUACUGUCAUGCCUCUUGCCCAACAUGGCUAUCACAUGGGCCUUCAAGGUCAUUCAAAUGUUCGAAGGAAGAGGCAAAGGUGUUGUUUGGAGCACUAUAUGGGAACCUGGUAAUCCUCGCGACCAGCUGAAUCCUGCUAUCAUACUGAUAAUGUUGGCCUUCGACACCUUCCUCUAUCUUUUAAUCACCUGGUAUGUCGAUCAGGUCAAUCCAGGAACUUAUGGCGUCCCCCAACCUUGGUAUUUCCCAUUCCAGAAGAACUACUGGUGUGGAUCAAGGCUAACAAAUCACAGUGGAUCCUCUGAAGAGCCAGUGUUAGGCGAGAACCAGCAAUACUUCGAGAAGGAACCAGCUGGCCUCAAACCCGGGAUUAUCAUUAAGAACCUGAGGAAAGAGUUCAAAGAGCUUGGAAGGAAGACAAAGGUGGCUGUUGAAAAUGUGUCUCUAACAUGCUCUGAAGGUCAAUGCACGGUGCUGCUUGGUCACAACGGUGCUGGGAAGACGACUACGAUGUCAGUGCUCACAGGUGUAUAUGCUGCUACCAGUGGCUACGCCGAGGUCAAUGGCUGGAAUAUUGCUACGAACCUGAGUGAAGCUCGAGAGGAGCUGGGUCUUUGUCCUCAACACAACAUGCUCUUUGUCGACCUGACUGUCUUGCAGCACCUUCUCUUCUUUGGACGGCUUAAAGGCCUCACCAGAAAAUCAGCUAAAGCGGAAGCACUCGAAAUCCUGACGCGGCUGGAACUACUGGACAAACAGCAUAUGUUCGGCAGUCAGCUAUCUGGGGGUAUGAAGAGGAAGCUCAGUCUAGCCAUAUCCCUCAUGGGUAGUACGAAGGUGGUGAUCCUGGACGAGCCGAGCAGUGGGCUGGAUCCGGAGUCUCGCCGUUGGGUCUGGGACGUAGUUCAGGGUGAGCGCGGACGUCGGACCUUCCUCAUCACGACGCACCACAUGGAGGAGGCGGACGUGCUCGGGGACCGUGUGGCGAUUAUGGCUUCGGGGCGGGUCGUGUGCGCAGGCUCUACACUCUUCCUCAAAAAGAAAUUUGGUGAUGGCUAUAUCCUGACUAUAAUGGUAAAUAAUGAAACUGUGGUAGAAGCUAUCAAGAGAAAAGUGGAGGAACACUUGCCUUCCGCCACCCUGGCAAACGUCCACAGUGGAGAACUGACCUUUAAACUCCCGCCGGACACCGAGAAGUUUGCUGGCAUGCUGGACGCCCUCUCGGCCCAAAAGGAAACGCUGGGCCUCAGACACAUUAGCCUCUCCCUCACUAACAUGGAGAGGGUUUUCCUCAGAGUUGGUGAAAUGUUGGACGAUGGCAGUGGCACUACUGGAAGUUCCGUGGAUGGUGGCACAAACGGCUUAACCAUGGCAGAGGGGAGUGAGCACACGAAUGGAAGAGAUUGCAGCUUCAUGAAAUCUACCACUGACCUUGAGUCUGCCUACGCUAGUAGCACUCACCAGCUUUACCGGGCCGAAGAAAAUAAUAGGAGUCUCAAAGGAAAAAUGUUGGCAUUUCAUAGGCUUAAAGCUUUCCUAAUCAAACGGCUCAUCUACUCUAAGAGGAAGUGGGUUCUUCUGAUUACACAGAGUCUGAUUCCUGUGCUGGUGAGCAUCAUUUGCCUCGUUGUGGAUAAGAACAUUCAAACCCUGUCGGGCAGUGAGCCCCCACUCCAGCUGGACCUUGGCCUCAUCUCCCCAUCGACCUCCUUCGUCCACGCUGGUGAAAAUCAGCAGCCUUUAAUGGACCAUUAUAUGUCACUAUUUUCUUCUCCACAUAAGGUAAUCAAAACUACCAACAUGACAACAAGCCUUCUUGAAGCUGCUCACGAGAACAUCGUUUACUACCGGGAAAACAGCAUAUGCUCUGCCGAAUUCCUGGACCUCCCUAACUACCCCGAAAACUACACUCUGCUGAAUAUGCUCUACCAGUCAGUCCCGCACCAUGUUCUGGGCAUAAGUACCUUACUGGUGGACAACGCCCUGUUACGACUUGCGACCAACUCAACAGAUCACGACAUCACCACGACAAAUCGCCCGCUGCCGAAAGACACAACUUGGCAGUUCCGGACAGAUUAUUCCACUAGCGCCUUGGUAUACUCCAGCGUGAUGCCUCUUGCUCUCUGUUUCCUCUCUGCCUCAUUCCUAGUCUUCCCAUUGCAGGAGAGGGAGACCAAGGCCAAGCAGGUCCAGAUCAUGACUGGCGCCCCUGUGUGGGCUCUCUGGGCCUCAUCCUUUGUGUGGGACUUCUUGGCGUACAUGGUAACAGCACUCCUGAUCUUCAUAUUCUUUGUGGCCAUCAAUCCGAGCAACUUCUUUCUGGCCCCCCAGGCCGCUGGAGUACUCUUCUUUUUGUUGAUGAUGUACGGGUGGGGCAGCAUCCCUCUCUCCUACGUCUUUAGCUUCCUCUUCAAGACAGCAGCUUCAGGUUUUGCUAUUCUCACCCUAAUCAACAUUGUGGCAGGUCAGAUGUUGAGCUUGGUGGUCUACGUCCUGGGUAUGACAGGAGUGUCUGGAGCUGAAACCGCCGGGGAUGUUCUUCAUUGGAUUAGCUCCAUCAUCCCAACCUAUCCCGUAUCUGUAGCUUUCCGACAUUUGGUGCAAACGAGCGUGAAGAACUCCUUCUGUGAUACAUUUGACGCGAACAUAACAGCUCAGCUGUGUGCAAUCCUCGCCAUUACUGAUCGUAAAAACGAUUUUGUCCAAUGCUGUCCGGGCGUGUGCGGCAGGAACAACACCACCCCAUGCUUCGAGUGGCAGUCCUAUUUCCGCUUCACAGAGAACGGCAUGGGGCCUGAUCUCCUCACACUCUUCGUCAACGGCCUCAUCUUCUUCUGCGCCAUCGCUCUCAUCGAGGCUGGCAUUGGACGUGUCUUCCUGCGCUGCUGGCGUGAGUGUACAGGGAAGGCUGGGAUGUUGCGGCGUGCCAGGAUACCCCAGCAAGAGAGGCAUCAGGAUGAGGAUGUGGUGGCGGAGGAAGAGCUGGUAAAAAGGAUGGUGGCACAGGGGAAUGCAGUCUCGGUGGAUGUAGCGAUGCUGGUUUCUGAACUAUCAAAGCAAUUCUUCGGCUCGCUGAUUCCCGCCGUCAACAAGGUGAGCUUUACCCUUGGGCGUGGAGAGUGCCUGGGACUGCUGGGCGUCAAUGGGGCCGGCAAGACCACCACCUUCAGGAUGCUGACGGGCGAUGAAGAACCCUCAGGUGGGAAUGCCUUCAUAGACCGCAUCUCACUGAUGCACCAGAGGAACAAGUUUGUGCAGAAUGUUGGCUAUUGUCCUCAGUUCGAUGCUAUUAUGGGUGAACUAACAGGCAAAGAGAUGCUGUGGUUAAUGGGAAGACUCCGUGGUGUAAAUGACAUUACUCUACGGAGCGAAGUGGAAGAGCUGGUAGCACUGGUGGAUCUGACGGAGUGUGCUUCCCGGCCGUCCUCGACGUACUCAGGCGGAAAUCGGAGGAAGUUGUCUACUGCCAUGGCGUUGGUUGGGGCGCCAUCCCUGAUUUUCCUUGACGAACCCACAACUGGUGUGGACCCAGCGUCUCGCCGUCGGGUGUGGACGGCUGUGAGUCGCGCGGUUAGCAACGGACAGAGCGUGGUCCUCACUAGCCACUCGAUGGAGGAAUGUGAAGCUCUGUGCUCCCGCAUAAUCAUGAUGUCCAAAGGAGCUGUGCGCUGCGUGGGUACCACAGGGCAUCUGAAAGCGAAGUUUGGCCAGGGUUAUAGCCUCCAGGUCAAACUGAAGACCCAUGAUCUUAGUCAGGCAGGUGACGAUGAGAAUGAGCGCAUUUACCAGUCCAGAUUAUCGGAACUAAAAGAUACUGUACGCUCCUACUUCCCAGGUGCAACGGUGUCAGACGAACACAAGGGAAUGCUUGCAUACUUGAUUCCGAGGAAUAUAUCGUGGGCGGUGUUAUUCUCGGUCAUGGAAGACCUGAAAGCAGGACGAAAGCCCGGGUCAGAACAUCAAAGUCAACCACAGUCGACAGAUACUGCGAGCAUGCCACCGUUCGUCGAAGACUAUGCUGCCUCAGACACCUCUUUGGAACAGGUGUUCCUCUCCUUUGCCAGAGAAGCUAAUUCUGGUGAGGCAGCUGUGGUAAAUCUCCAAACCCGCACAGGGAACCUUUCUGAACAAUCGAGCAAUAGACUAAGUCAAGGUGUGGCAGGAGGGAGUGAACUACUGCCGACACCUGGUAAUGUCAACAGCCCAGCUCAGACUUUUCAAGAAUCUUCUUCCAGUAUCGCAAACGAACAGCAGGUUCAAAUGGUUACAGUUAAUAAUUCCGGGGAUUUACUGACUGAACUCUAGUCAAAGUAAGGUAGACUGUAUACCGUAUAAAUAUUUUAAAUGUCUGACUUCAGGAUUGCAUAUAAAGUUGACCCAUUCCCGACGGGCAUGGCAUGUACGGGCAUGGCAUGCACGUACAUACCAUGCCUUAUUUGAUUGUUUUUACACAUGGAUGGCUAUACUUGUACUAAAUCACCAAUGAGCCAAUUACGAGUAC